AAAACCAAAAAUGUCCAAUCCAAUCAUUUCUUUACAUUCAUACCCUUCCCCAAAUCCAAAUUUCAAACCCAAUAUUUCCCAAUUUCACAUCUAAUCUCAACAAAAAUUAAAAAAUAUGGCGGUUUCAUUCCUCUCUUCAAUUCCACCCAAACCGCCUUUCAAUUCCUAAUCCCCCAAACCAAACCCUAAUUUUCCAAUCAAAUCAAACCGAUGGCCGUCGUAACCGGCGAUCGGUACCUAGAAAAGCUAGUACAAUUCGUAGAAGCACAAGCCGGUCCGUUAAUCGAAGGUAAUAUAGUGCUGAAACUGAAUCCAGUAGGUCUUCACUAUGUCCAAUCACGGCUCGAAGCGUUUCAAGAGCUGGAAAAUUUGUUGUCCAAUGCACCGGUUGAUUAUCUCCGCGCUUACAUCUCCGACCUCGGCGACCACCGCGCGCUUGAGCAGCUUCGGCGGAUUUUGAAGCUGCUGACUAAUCUUAAAGUCGUCUCUGUUUUACCGUACCCGUCGCGUGAUCCUACGCCGUUGAAUUUGGUUCCGUUUGGGAGGUUGAAAGUUUUGGAACUUAGAGGCUGCGAUUUGUCUACCUCUGCUGCUAAGGGUUUGCUUGAGCUACGGCAUACGUUGGAGAAGCUUACGUGUCAUAAUUCUACUGAUGCUUUACGUCAUGUGUUUGCGAGUAGGAUAGCUGAGAUAAAGAACUCUCCGCAAUGGAAUCGAUUGUCGUUUGUAUCGUGUGCUUGUAAUCUAUUGGUUCUCAUGGAUGAGUCCUUGCAGCUUCUUCCUGCUGUUGAAACUCUUGAUUUGAGCAGAAAUAAGUUUGCAAAAGUGGAUAAUCUACGCAAGUGUACUAAAUUGAAGCACUUGGAUCUCGGGUUUAAUCAGUUGAGAUCAAUUGCUCCCUUUAGUGAGGUCUCCUGCAAUUUUGUUAAACUUGUUUUGCGGAACAAUGCUCUAACUACGUUAUGUGGGCUUGAGAAUUUGAAGUCGCUCGAAGGGCUUGAUGUUUCCUACAAUAUUAUUUCCAAUUUUUCAGAGCUGGAGUUCCUUUCAGACCUCCCAUAUCUAAGGAACUUGUGGUUGGAAGGAAAUCCAUUGUGCUGUGCUGGUUGGUAUCGAGCACAAGCAUUUAGCUAUUUCGCGCACCCAAAUACAUUAAAGUUGGAUGACAAAGAUAUAAGCAAAAGAGAGUUCUGGAAGAGGCAAAUAAUAAUUGCCAGCAGACAGAAACGACCUUCCAGCUUUGGAUUUUAUUCUCCUGCAAAAGACGGUGCUGAAGCAGAGGGGAGUACCAUCAGGAAAAGGAGAAAAGUAUCACGACUUGCUGCAAUUGAAAGUGAAGAAGAGAGCACAUACUUUUCUUCUGACCAGGAAUCAGCAUCAUGUGAUAAUGAUAUUCAAAGCAAAGAGGAGAAUGUCAUUUCUGAUGAUGAAGCUGAAAUAGUUGAUUUGAUUAAUAGAGUUGAACUUAUGAAGAAAGAGGAUUCUAUUCUUUGGCUGAGGGAAUUUAAGGAGUGGAUGGAUCAUGAAUCAGAUAAUUUACUGGAUGGGGCAACAUUUAGUAGGGGUACAUUGCACCAUAUGAAAGAAAAUCAUCUGAAGACCAAGACAAACCAGAAGUAUCAUGGGAAAAGUUCAAGAUACAGUUCUCAUCCUACAGAAGAUGAAACAAGUGCCGACGUUGUUAAAUCUGAUUCAUCUCUUAUAGGUAUGUCUCUACCUGACAUUGGGGGAUCAAGACUGAAGUAUAGAAAAUAUAGUUCGCCUGACGGAUUAACCAUCCAUGGAGAUUGUAAGAUUGUUGAAGAUGAAAGCUUAUCACCACUGACAGGAAUUGAUAAUACAACUGAGUCUUAUUCCUUUUCCUCCUCUGCCUGCCCUGGGUCCCCUCCACAUUAUCAGGAGGACAUUUUGCAUCGUCGCCACAAUUUGGUAGAAGAAAUUUUGCAAUUAUCUGCAGAAUCCUAUUCGGUGGCUUCGUCUGAUAGUUAUACCAGCUCUAGUGAAGACGAUCUCUGUGAUUGCAGGAAUUCAAUAAAUGAAAAUCACUCACAGAAUUCUGAAUCCUCGACUUCAAGUGUUGGAGGAGACUUGUCUACUGAUGACUUAAAUGAUAAGAAUUAUAACCAGGAAUGUGGCUUUGAUCAUGUGAAGGAAAACGAGAGGUUUUUGUUUGAUUUAAGUGCUGAACAAGCCUCCAAUAAAACCAGAUUCCUAAGUUUGCAGUCUCAUGACUUAUCUGAUAUUUCUUACCGGGGUGAAAUUGUUCAUCUUGUUGACCAAGAGGCAGAUUGGCUGGAGAGCACAGAAGGUAAAAGGAAACCAAGAAGAAGAGUUAUUUCAUUAUCAGAUAAUGGGGUUAAAAAGAUAGAGACAUCUGAAAGACCAAGUCACGUGGAUAAUAAUGAUUCAAAGCAGUUGCAGACCAUUGGAAUUGAAACUCCAGCAAUUGCAAAUGUUGGUAGACUCUGUGAUGAUUUUAUUGCGAAGUAUUUUAAUUCAAAUAUUGCAGAUUCCAGAAUUAACGAGACUUGUAGACAUUAUAUGUGUUGUGACUGUGUACUUGAGCCGGAAUCCUUGUACAAGGAAAGAGAAGUAGUUUUACUUUUAAGCAGUGCAGACAAGUUGUACAUAUUGCUUAUUGGAGUAGCGUUUGAUGGGUCUGGAAAUAUUUUAAGUUUAUUGGGUUGGCACAGGGUUGAAGAUGUUAAAGAAAUUUUUAUUGGUCUAGGACUUCAGGCCAUAAGGGUAUACAUUGAGAAGGGAGCAACCUAUCUGUUUCUAACAAGGAGCAUCGAGAAAUCAAGACAUUUACUUUAUUUACUGCAAGUUCUUGGUCGAUGUGCGACAAAUGAUAAAUGUUUGUUAAAAAGUUUGGAGCAGGUGCAGGUUGAUUUGUUUGAGAAACAAAUAUGUGGAGGUUCAAAAAUGAGUUUAUUCCAGUAUGCCAUGGUGCUGUUUUUCCAUGUCGAUAAAGGGGAAUCAUGGCUUUCAAGAUCACUGUUUGUAAGUGGCGCGUAUGUGCUUUUGUGUGCUGAAGAACUUAAGCUGUUCAGCUCUCUUUCAGUGGAUGCAUCUUCCUCAUAUUUUUUCCUCGAUUCUUGUUGCUCCAUCAGUGAAGUAUCUCAGCUGGUCAUUGAGAGGGGAGAAAGUCUGUGCACAACCUUAUUUGUUGAGCGUGCUACAACAAAGUUCGGCAUCUCAUCCAAAAAACACAAAGAGGUUGCAACGAGUAAGAAGGAAAGUUCAAGUCCAGGCUCUUCGACAUGGAAGCUCAAGUGGUUUUCAGAAAAGAGCCUAUCAAAUUUUGUAGCAUUGAUGAAUGCAAUUCACGCAGAGACGACUAUGUCCCCUCUACUUAUAACGUGUGCAUCGUGAGCCUUGUCAUUUCAUAGUUUGCUUCUUUCAUAUUCAUUUCAUUCUUUUUCGUAUCAGCGUUUUCUUUUCUAUAAUUUGUUUUGAUUUUGUGCUUUUUCAGUUUGGCAGUCUUAUAGAUUACCUUAUUAUGAUUCAUUGAUUUGCAUUCUUUUCUGUAAUAUAGUUUGUGUGUACAAAUUUUAACACUGCAGUUUAUAAAUAGAAACAACAAUGAGGUUGUACAAAUUCUUUUUUGUAA